AUGUGGAUCUUCUUGGUGCUCGCUCUCGCACUCGCUGUUAGGGCGUCAGAAACAAACAACGCCACAGCUGCUGAAGGAACGCUUGUUAUAGCCAGAGGUAAACUGCUGGCUCCCAGUGUGGUCGGGUGAGGCAUAAAGAAAAUGCCUGAGCUCCAUCAGUUUCUCAUGGAGCGGUGGGCUUUGUACCACAACCUGGAAUAUGAUUCAUCGGAGCAGAAGAAUCCCCGUCUGAUAUUCUAUAAUGAAAAGGACGAGGUUGUAAAGACUGUUCCCGUGAAGAAAAUGAAGGCAGACGAGAUCAGCAGCCUGUUAGACUCACUCGGUUUCUACAAGAGGUCCCAAAAAGGGGAAGAGGUGCCAGAGGAGUUCCAGCAUUUCCCCCUGCAUGCCCCCAGGGAUGAGCUGUGACGACACCUUUCGGCCAAACUCUGCAGCUGCACCCUGGUCACAUUAAUGAUGAGUGGGGCCUCAAGGCCAAAACGAUAAGCCAGGCACCAUUC